GAGAGGUUAUGAUCGGUUUUACUCGUUUUUCUUGAAGCGGUUUUUCGACACGCAAGUUUGAUAAAAUAAUGAUCGAUGCUUCAUACGUUGUAAGUGCUGUAGCACUUCUCGCCACAUUCGCGUUCGGUUAUAAACUUGGAACAGCUAAAAGACCCGGUGCAGGAAAAACUCAAACCUCCUCAUCUUCCAGGAAGGAAUCGGAAAAUGUUUUCUCAGACUUCGGUGGCGAGUUCAAAAUGAUUCUGAUUGUGCGGAAUGAUCUUAAAAUGGGCAAAGGUAAGAUUGCUGCACAAUGUGGUCAUGCUGCGGUGGGUGCUUAUGAGGGAGCUCUCAAGAAGACACCCUCGAUCCUGCGCAAAUGGCAGAACGGUGGUCAGGCCAAAAUAGCCGUUAAGGUGGAAACCGAGCAGCAGCUUAUGGAAGUGUACCGCACGGCAAAAGCUAAUAAUCUUAACUGUUGCAUGAUUCGAGAUGCAGGUCGGACACAGAUUGAACCGAACACGAAAACCGUCCUAGCCAUUGGACCAGCUCCGAAAGAAGUAAUCGAUAUGAUCACCGGCCAUCUAAAACUGCUGUAGAGGGGGCAUAAAUAUGGAUAAAAGGUCGAAUAAAUUAUUCUUGGAUUCAAUCCUCUGAUAUAUUGAUAUUUAUUCCUAACAUUUCAUUUGUAUUUAUCUGAAGAAUUAAAACCACAAG